AUGGAGAACUGCAAGUACAUAUGUUGUGACAUAAAUCGGUUCAUGGGCGCCACAAGAUCACCUUGGACGGGUGCUUUUCAGCCACCCAUAUCUGAUCCACCUCUGCCCAAGGAACAAAACAGACAUCUCGAGGAGUUGCUUAAUACCGCUUUUUCUUAUUAUGUUAAGUCGUAUUACUAUUCGCCUGAUACAGUCACAUCAGUUUAUUGUCUUGGUCGAGAUGUCGGCACCCUAGUUUGUGCUUUAAUCAAGUCGCCUCUGGUGGACAUCGUGUACUUAAUCGAUGUUAAAAAGUCAGUUGGUUCAGCCAUUUACAGUCUUUCAGUCGUCUAUGCAAUCAAACUGAUGAAGGACGAUUUUUCAGAUAGGGGUAUCAAUGAUCUUUGCUUCUGUUUUUACCUCCGUCAAAAUCGCUCUGAAGAGCUAAAGGUAUCAGCUAAUGUAAAUGAAUCUCAUGUCAGAAACAUUGGCGUCUUGAUAGAGGCUCACUCACAACGACUGGAGGGCCACCUGCGGACGUGCGAGCACCUCUCCCGUUGGGCGGCCUCAAACAUUCGCGAUGUACGACGCAUUCGGCUCCUCCUGAUGAGUCUUCUUGACAGGCCCGCUACCGACCCCGAGGCUGACACCCAGGAGGUGGGCAGGCAGUCGGAUGUGGGUGCAGAGCUCAACGACAUUGAAGUGUCUAUUCGGAAAAUGAAAUCACUUGUGGAUAGUCUGGACAAAUCGGCAACUAAGUCUAAAAAGCAAAUGGACAGUCGUUCUAUGCUGCCAUACAAUCUUGUCCUCCCUCUCGACCAAAUGGACGUCCAGAUGGAAAGCGGAGACUCUUUGCGUCGCGUUGAUUGGCUUGUUGGCCGAAACGAGGCCUGUCGUUGGCUGCGUCGAACGAAUUACCGAACAGAGGCCAUUCAACUUAGUCUGGCUAGUUGUGGUCGAUUUAUGAGAAAUACUACUCUCGUUCCUCUUUCCUCAGGCAUGGAUCUAAGGAAUCUGGCAGCACCACAGAUGAGCUUCGCACUGAUUGAAUCGAAUUCUCGUAAUCCAAUUCUCUACGUUAAGGUGGGGGAUAUCAUGCACUGCCUCAUCACUUUUGGUAAUCUUUGUAUGGAAAACAUCAUUAUACGUGGUCUAGAUGAGUCGCAUUACGCGUCUGGCCACACAUUACGUCCUCAAGCCGCGAAUCCCGGCACAUUUCCGCGAAUUUCUCAAGCUAUGUCUGAUCUACUCUACUCUCGAGCAAUCAGUGGCUUCUCUACCAAUCUCUUGCCGAACGUUGACACUAUGCCAGAGGGUUUGCCGCCGACGGCGAGCCAACUGGACCUCACAACGCCCAGUCGCCACGUGACCUUCGUCAGGGUGACAGAGGCGGCACGUAACGCGCUGGUACAUUUCGCCACUACCACCGAGCCACCUACGCAACUCUCGGCGCUGCACCAGUUCUGCGACUGGCUGCAGACCUACACGCGCCUCUUCACGGAGCCCUGCGUGAACUGUGACCAGCUGUUGGGCCAAGAUGCUGCCCUUCCCGUCCUCCGCACCUUCCACACCAACCCCGCCAAUGCCCGCGCGCAGCAUGAACAGUGUCGAAAAUUUAUUGGAGUCUAUUAUUUAGUCAGCGCCCGAAACAAAAUACUAUGUCUGGGACUCGAUUGGUGGGACCGGUGUAUUAAGGUCGUUAUGCAAGCUUCAACAAAAAAGCCACAAAGCCAGCUUAAGUAUAUUCAGUCUGAGCAUUUUUCAAGACUGCUGUCAAAACAAAAUAAUGAAACAGAGCUGCUCGAAGAUAUGAGGAGUUUUUGUAAACAGAGAGCAAUUUUGGACAAAGAAUAUGGGCAGGCAUUGCAAAAGUUAUGCUCCUCUUUUCUUAGCAAGAAGGAGUUUCUAGCUCUUCCGAAUCCUCCCAACACUGGACACCGCUCCGUAUGGGAUAUUUGGAAGUUAUUUUUGCAAGAGUUCAACGCUCUUGCCCUGUCUCACUUAAAAUUGGCUGAGAUACAUCACCGACUCAGCCUAGAGUUAAAGCCUGUCAAGUCUCUUCGUGUCGCUGUAUCCAAGCGAAUAUUUGAACAGCUUAAGUCACUGCAAAAUGAUUUAGCUGCAUCUAUGCAAGAAAUGGUAAAAUCGCAGAAAAUUUACUCUGAAGAAGAAAAACAGGCCCACGAGACGCGAUUGAAGGCUAUGAAUAUCGAGGACAAACUGCGUCGGCGUUCGACGAAUCUAUUCAGCACUAUGGCUCAACUUCAUCGCAAUCACGCCAAGAUCUCUCAGAGACGAGAUGAGUACGAGAAUCGAUCUGCAGGAGCUCGAAAUGAAUACCUCUUCCAAUUAACUGCAAUAAAUGCUCAUCUUGAUCACUAUUUGAAAACUGACAUUCCAGACCUUGCUCAGAUCCUGGACGGGGACGUCUAUGAUCGAUUUCGUGAGGUUCUUUACAAAACUAGUGAAAUGGAACUCGAGAUCUGUCGACACCAUCAGGACCCACUUAAGGCUCUGUUGGAAGAAUCAACUAAGAUUAAUCGAAAGACUGCCUGGGAAAACUUCAUUAAGGAAUUGCCCAUUUUCUCUGCUGAUGUUGAAUUUCAUUUCGAACCUCGAGAUGGUGAUACGAUAUCCUCGUUACUAUCAGUGAACGCGAAAGAGGGCAGCUUUGAGCAAGUGGCCAAGAAGCUCGCUCGUCGCUUUGUUACCCGAGAACGACGGAUCAAGUCCUACCGGCAGGAGAUCAACGACCUCUGCUCUGGUCGGAUUAGCCCCUCUCCCGGGAUGAGCGUUUCCCUAAGUCAGGACUGUGAUACCAGCGAGGACAGCGGUGCCCUGAAUCAGGAAUACGUCGAGAAUAAAGUUGAAGAAUUGGAAUUCGCGAUUCGACGUGAAGAAAUCGAGAAAACGAAAAUCAGUGCAUGUUUGGAGUUGUUGAAGAAGACACACGUGGACGUGCAAGCAGCCCUAUACGAGGCGAAUCUGGCAGCGACGGAGGUGAGAACCGGAACGGUAGGUAGAGGAAUGGAAGUGGCAGAGAAGGCUCAGCACGGUGCGAGUUCGAGUUCCACCGCAGCCACGGGAAGCAGCUCAACGGAGGGCAGCACCGUGGGUCUUACGGGAUUGCUGACUGAUUCAACUAAGCACAGAAACUCCUUCCUUCUGGAGAAUGCCUUUGCACCUCUAAAUUCCUCUAUCCCACGUUCUCGCACGCAAAACGGUGGUAUAUCUCGGACCUCAGCUCAACAGCUUGCCAAUGAAGCCUGGGCUCGAGCGAACGCCACCUCCCCUGGGGCGAACGAUGAGCCCUCCUUCAUUCAAUUGGACGACGAAGAUCCCCCGAGUCAGCAGCAGCCGUCUAGAAGGGAGCCUUCACCUGAAGUCGACUGGACAGGUGGUGGUCAGUUGCCCAAGGCGACGGCGAUGUAUGAGUUCCUCGCGGCGCGCAGUGACGAAAUCAACAUGGUCUGCAAUGAACGAGUCGUACUCCUAGGAGCAGGAGACGGCGAGGAUUGGCGUGACUAUGUGAAUGUUUCCUGCUCCAUCAAAAACAGUUGUAAACAAACCACAAUCCUUGUUUAUUCAAAUGCCUAUCAAAUUGAUGGCUAUGCCACUGAGGUGCUAAGGUAUGGAUUUUGCACUGCACGCUCCGUACGCAGCCUUUUGGAUGGGAAGGCGGGUCUGGUGCCACGGGCUUUUUUAUCAAUCGACCCGACGCCCCCACCGGCUCCACCUCACCCCGCCGUGCCUGCGCUGGCGGUGAAAAGUGACACCGAGCAGGAGCCCUCUGAUAAGACCCCUCUUUCACCUACCUCUCCUCCCUCCGAGCCUGUCGCACCGCCUCAUCCACCGAUGGAGCAAUGCUUGGCAGGCCAGUUUGUCCGCGCACUGAUUGACUUUGCUGGCACGGCGGAGGACGAGUUGAGCUUUGGGGUGGGCGCGGUCAUCCACGUGCUGGGCCGACCGGCGGUGGGCGAGGUGGACGACGGAUGGAUCGAGGGGGAAUUAGUGCCCCUCACUGAUGCCGAAACCACCACUCCUCCCGCUUGUGGCGUUUUCCCCUCCAUGCUGGUCGAAGCUGUGACUCCUGAUGAUAUCUGGCAGCGCCGACUCAGUGCCUGUCGGCCUCGACCCGCGAAGGCCUUGUUAUCGACCGGUUCCACAGCAGAUGCCAAGGUAUCCCCAAGCGGUGAGCGAAGAUGCAAACCCUUGUCCUCGUCUGGUUCUGUUCCUUCCCCUCGAUUGAGUAAUUCGGCGAGUCGAAGCAAAUCCCGUUCCGCGUCGGCUAAGAGAAGUUGGGGUGGCGGUGCCAGUGGUGGACCGAGACGCUCCACUGUGAGCCACAACACCUCCUCCAGUCACCGUUCCUCGCACCACCAGCAACAGCAGCAGCAGCAACAUCAUGGGCAGCAAGGGCGAGAAACGUCUACGGGUCAUGGGCGUGUUUCGCGCAGCCUCGUGGCUGCUAAAGUGACUCCGUCCCAGGCCUCCCCUCCAUCUGCUGAGGCCCAUCCUCCAGCCUCGACCCAUCAACAACAAGAACCCUCACCUUUCAUACCAAAUGAAGAAGGCAGGAUCAGUCCCAACCAAACCUAUGGCAAUGAGGAGGUGCGCUGCUUCCCUACGGUAUCUUAG